UCUGCAGCCAACCAAAAUCCUUUACUUCUACCUAAUUCCACCCUUCAACCCACACAAAGAAACUCAUCUCAAGACUCGGAGCAGAUAAUAGAGAGAACCAACGCAGGAACCGGCUGCGGCGCGCGCGGGACUGGCUAUGGAGACCACCGAGACCCAAGAACCAAGGCGUAAUUUUGACCAUAAAGAGGGUCGGCUCAACAAAUACACACUCUUCUGUGCUCUUUUGGCCUCCACAAAUUCCAUUCUUUUGGGCUAUGAUAUUGGGGUGAUGAGUGGGGCAGCGCUGUUCAUCAAAGAAAACCUUAAACUCACAUCAAUCGAAGAGGAAAUCUUGGUGGGUACACUAAACGUGUUUUCUUUGGUGGGAUCACUCGCUUCCGGCAAGACUUCCGACUACAUAGGCAGGCGUUACACUAUAGUUUUGGCCGCGGGAGCUUUUCUAAUGGGUGCGCUUUUGAUGGGCCUAGCCCCAUCGUUCCCAGUCCUCAUGGUGGGCCGCGUUAUUGCCGGCAUCGGCGUUGGCUUUGCCCUCAUGAUCGCUCCCGUCUACGUCGCCGAGCUCUCCCCCUCCAUGACCCGCGGUUUCCUCACUUCCCUGCCUGAAGUUUUCAUCACCUUCGGCAUCCUACUUGGCUACGUGCUCAACUACGCCUUAUCUGGUCUCCCAGAACACAUAAAUUGGAGAAUAAUGCUGGGUCUCGCAGCAAUUCCAGCCAUCGGUAUCGGCCUAGGUGUCAUCGCAAUGCCGGAGUCGCCUCGUUGGCUUGCCAUGCAAGGCCGCGUGGACGAAGCAAAAAAGGUUUUGAUUAAAAUAUCAAACACUGUUGAUGAAGCUGAAUCCAGACUUGAGGAAAUAACCAAAGCGGCGUCGGUUUUGGUGAGGAGCCCAACUGCCAGCCCAGAUUCGGCCCAUGAAAGCAAUUGGCAAGGAGAAGGGGUUUGGAAGCAGCUUUUGUUAAGGCCCACUAGGCCCAUUAGACGGAUGCUUAUUGCUGCUAUUGGAAUCAACUUCUUCAUGCAAGCUUCUGGGAACGACGCCGUUAUAUACUACAGCCCUGAAGUGUUCAAGGCUGCGGGGAUUCAUAGUAAGAAAAAACUGUUUGGUGUUAAUGUCAUUAUGGGCAUUGCCAAGACAUUCUUUGUGUUGCUCUCGGCCCUCUACUUGGACAGGUUCGGGAGGCGGCCCCUUUUGUUGCUGGGUUCGGCUGGGAUGGCCGUCUCGUUGGCUGGGCUCGGCUUGGGCUCAAAGUUUCUCGACCACUCCGAUAGUAAGCCGACAUGGGUCACUGUAUUGUGCAUUCUGGCCGUGUGUGCUGACGUGUCAUUCUUCUCAAUUGGGCUUGGGCCCAUCACAUGGGUCUACUCGUCGGAGAUUUUUCCUAUGAGGUUACGGGCCCAAGGUUCGAGCCUGGCCAUUUCGGUCAACCGGUUGGUGAGUGGGGUGGUGUCAAUGACGUUUUUGACCAUUUCCAAGAAGAUUACUUUUGGGGGAAUGUUUUUUGUGCUUGCGGGAAUAAUGGUGGUGGGCACGGUGUUCUUUUAUGUGUUUUUGCCGGAGACAAAGGGCAAGAGCUUAGAAGAAAUAGGAGCUCUAUUUGAGGAUAAACAUACAAAGAAUGAUGACAUGGAAAAGGCAAUUCCGGUAGCAUAGUUAAUUUGUUUAUGUGUGUGUUUACUUUGAGAAAAAAUGUCUGGCUUUUUGAUGAUGUUAACUAUUCAGGUUUGUUUAAUUGAUUUAUAAAAUGAAGGAAAAAGAAAG